AGGACUUUAAAGCAAAAUAGGAGGAACGGGAGAUUCUUCUAUACUGGAGGCUACUAUGCUGUAGCCUUUCUACCUUUAAUGCAGCGAAGACCACGGUAUAUUUACUAUGCAGUGGAAGAAUUAAAAACGAGCAAGAAGGAAAGAGUCAAUAGUAUUCAUGUAUGCCAAGCAAGACACUGAAAUAAGAGAAAAAAAAGUAUAUAAACUCAAUAAGCAAAGCAAGACCUUCUCUGUUUUAUCACGCGUAUAUUUUUCUUCGCUUAUUUACCUACUGUCAUAAAAAUGAAGUUCAUCACACUUACUGCAAUCGCCGCUACCAUUUUGGCUCUUGGCUUCGUUUCCAUUGAGGCUCUUCCUCAACAGCAGUCAUCUCAAGCAGCAGGUGCUGUAGAUAAUUCUGGUGCGGCAGCACCUGCAUUAUCCAGCACUCCUCAACAAGGCACUACUGGAUAUACUACUGCUACUACUGGCGCAGAGCAUAAGGACAAUCACAAGAAGGCAAGCAAGAACGGCAAGAAAAUGAAGCGAAUGACCUUGCACUAUGGUGACAAGUAUAAGGCAAAGAAUGAAGAAAGGCAUUCAACUACGGGCCAGACUCCGAACAGUCAGACAUCUAACGGCCAAAGACGAUCUGAUCAAGCAUCAACCCGUCAAACAGCACCUGGUCAAGCAAAAUCUGCUGAAACAUCCUCUAGUCAAGUUUCUAAGCUGUCCACUGACGCGAAUCAGGGCAAAAAUAAGGGCGAAGACGAAGAAAAGGAAACAGUUGAAAAGCAGCCAUCUAACGGCCAAAAAUCAUCCGGACAAACAGCUACCGGUCAAGCAGUAUCCAGCCAGACAUCAUCUACUCAGACUGCAUCUGAGCAGGCCGCUAAGAAGCCUACGGAAGAGGACCAGGACACGGAGGAGAUCGAGGAAGAAAAAAAGGAAAAAAUGAACGAGCAGCAAUCUAACGGCCAAAAAUCAUCCGGACAAACAGCUACCAGUCAAGCAGGAUCCAACCAGACAUCAUCUACUCAAACUGCAUCUGAGCAGGCCGCUAAGAAGCCUACGGAAGAGAACCAGGACACGGAGGAGAUCGAGGAAGAAAAAAAGGAAAAAAUGAAGGAGCAGUUAUCUAACAGCCAGGAAAAUCGCUCUGACGAUCAGCAAAAGGCUCAGGACAAAAACGAGGAACCGAAGACUGCUAAUGCCAAGGAAGAUUAAAAGGACGUGGACACUGACGCUUAUGCAGCUAAAGUAGGCGAGGAGGAAGGACGCAACUAAUUAAUUUAUAUAUCACGUUGUUGUUCAUGAACUUCAGUUCUCAAGUGAAUAAAGUAGCGAAAGCCAAUA